GUACAAUCCUUUACGAAGUAUGGCCACCACUCCACUACUGUGUCAAUUUUUUGGCCGAAUUUCCACAGAUGUUUGCAAUCUAGCCAAUGGAUUUAACAGACUGUAACAACGUACACGUGUCAUUAUUGUUUUAUGUAUAUUUUUAUUUAGUAUAAAAUUGUUACACAAUUAUACAUAUGUAUAUAUAUAUCUAUAUAUAUGUAUUUAUGUGCCUAUGUAUGUAUACAUAAGUGGGAUAGAUCAGUUAAGAGAAAGUUUACAAUUUUUGACUAACAUGCUGUUGACCAGUCUUGAUGUUUUAAACACGUAUUUUAUUAAUUUACAAUGUAAUAUUAAAAAUUAAUAAUUUCUUUCAUUAUUAAGAGAAAAUAAUGGAAGAAGGAGCAAUGUUAUGGAUGCUUUCUCUUGUUAUGCUAGUUGGCUCUUGUUUGGCCGGAUCAUUACCAUUAGUCAUGAAUUUGUCAGAAGACAAAUUACAAUUAGUAUCUGUAUUAGGAGCAGGUCUUCUUGUAGGAACUGCAUUAGCAGUGAUUAUACCUGAAGGUAUAAGAGCUUUAUUUACCAGCGAAAUUACUAAUGAAAAAGAGUUACAUGGUGAUUUAUAUUCCUUGAUUGGAAUUAGUUUAGUACUUGGUUUUGUAUUUAUGCUUUUGAUUGAUCAAUGUUCAGCAAGAAAAAGUGAUGGAAGACAUAAGAGUGUUACAGCAACCUUAGGUCUUGUAGUACAUGCUGCAAUUGAUGGAGUUGCGUUAGGAGCAGCUGCUACUACAGCUCAAGCUGAUGUUGAAGUGAUAGUUUUUUUGGCAAUAAUGUUGCACAAAGCACCAGCUGCAUUUGGACUUGUAUCAUUUCUUCUUCAUGAAGGUGUAGAUAAAAAGAGGAUCAGCAGACAUUUAUUAAUUUUUUCUCUUGCGGCACCAUGUCUUGCACUUGUGACAUAUUUCGGGAUUGGAAAAGAAGGGAAAGAAACACUGAGCAGUGUCAAUGCAACUGGUUUAGCUAUGUUGUUUAGUGCUGGAACAUUCCUUUAUGUAGCCACUGUUCAUGUUUUACCAGAACUGAUGACAAGAAGCACUAAUUACUCACAUGUGCCAAGUAUUGAGGGUGCGACGCUCUCUACGACCGGGCUUAAAGUUAAAGAAAUAUUAUUCUUAGUAUUAGGAUCAUUUUUACCUGCUUUAAUUACAACUGGACAUCAUCAUUGACUAAAUGAAGUAUUAUAUAAAGAUGUUUCACAUACGUAUAUGAAACUUUUUAUUCUAAUUUGAGAAAUUCUAUCUUUAAGAUAAUUUUUAUGUUUAUUUUAAGAUUUAAAAAAAUGUUGUAUUUUAUAUGUACGUGAAGAUUUAUACACUGGAGAAAAAUGAGAAUCAUUAACUGAUGUGUAUUUCUUAACAUGAUUAAAAUAUAUUUUUUUACCAAAUUUAA